AUGUUUGCAGGCUGCCAGCAGCAGCAAACGGGGCGGCAGCAGCAGAAGCAGCAGCAACACCAACAAGAACAGCAGCAUCACCAGCAUAAUGAACAGCACCUCCAUCAGCAGCAGCAGCAGCAGCAUCAGCAGCACGAUCAGCAGCAACAGCAGCAGCAGCAGGCAAGGAACUCCAGCUUCCCAGCGAAGGUAUAUUGCAGCAAUGCGAAGUCAAAGGGCUGCAUAGGAAUCACGGAGUUAAACGACACCCUAAAUCAAGAAAGGCCUGCCUCAGUCAUGAUGGCAGGGAUCUCCUGCCACCCUAAGGGCACUUCGUUUGCUCUUUUGUUUACUGACGGCACCGUCUUGGCUAUGGGCGAAGAAUUGCAAGGCGGUGAAAUGACGGCUGAAGUCAAGAACGGCCUGGGCAGGUUCGAUGCCUCAAGGAGUCAACGCGUGAAAACCAUCGCUGCAACAACAGGGGCCUUUGCUGUUCUUUUGCACAACGGAUCUGUCUUUGCUUGGGGAGACACCACAGUCGGAGGAGAAUUACCAACCCCGGAGCCCAGCGACUGCUCUGAACUGAUCGCAGCCGACGUAGGGUUUGCUGCUAUGACAGCUGGGGGCACCGUCUACUCCUGGGGAAAGGGCAUCGUCCUUCCAGCUCGUGUUAACACUGCAGCGUUCCAGGCGGCCUCCAUAUGGGCUGAGAGGACUUGCUUUGCUGCUAUAUCCACUUCAGGGGAGUUGGCAGUGUGGGGGACCAGCACAAGUUCUGCCCCCUUUUGCAACGAGGGUUUUACAUCAUCAGAUUAUGUUUCUUUUCAAGAGGUUAAAGAUCGUCUGUCAUCAGGAGUUAAGAUGGUUCGCUUCAACGAGCGAGCAGCAGCAGCAGCAAGACAGCGGGAAGCGACAGCCACAACGCAGACAUCGUGGGAGUUGAUUUCGUGGGGCGAUCCCGAGGCGGGAGGAGUCGCUCCCAACAGCCUUCAUUCUGUUGCUAAAAACGGAGUCAAAA